AAAGCCCCGUUAAGAGCUUCGCGUUUAGCCCUCUCUGAGUUCGACCUGUCAGGUCUGAGGCGGUCAUUGAAGGCGACUCGCUGACAGUCAUGGCGGAGCAGCGCAGCGGGUUUGUUCAAAUCUCCAGAUAACGUUAGCUGGCUCAGGUAUCGGCCGAGAUGGCAUCUGUUCUGGAAGAUCCAACUCUGGAGAGACACUUCAAGGGACAUAAAGAUGCUGUCACCUGUGCAGACUUUAAUCCAAAUCAGAAACAGCUGGCUACAGGAUCAGGGGAUAAGACCCUGAUGAUUUGGAAUUUGGCUCCGAAGGCGAGAGCCUUUCGUUUUGUCGGGCACCAAGACUCCAUCACAGGACUGCAGUUCUCUCCAUCUGGUGAUCUGGUGGCUUCUUCAUCUAAAGACAGAACGGUUCGAUUGUGGACACCUUCCAUGAAAGGAGAGUCUACAGUGUUUAAAGCCCACACCGCUGCAGUCCGCAGCGUUGCUUUCUCCCACGAUGGCCAGAGACUGGUCACUGCGUCUGAUGACAAGUCUGUUAAGGUGUGGAGUGUUUAUCGGCAGUGCUUCGUCUACUCCCUCAACCAGCACACUAACUGGGUCCGGUGUGCCAGGUUUUCUCUGGAUGGAAGGCUCAUAGCAUCCUGUGGGGAUGACCGCUCUGUCCGUCUUUGGGACACAUCUACAAAACACUGCAUCAACUGCUUCAGCGACUGUGGAGGCUCUGCAACAUUUGUUGAUUUCAACUCCAGCGGUACCUGCAUUGCAUCCUCAGGAGCCGACAGUUCGCUUAAAAUCUGGGAUUUGCGGACCAAUAAGCUAAUUCAGCACUAUCAAGUCCACAGUGCAGGAAUCAAUAGUUUCUCCUUCCACCCAUCGAAUAACUAUCUAAUCAGCGGCUCCAGUGAUAGGACGGUUAAGAUCUUGGACCUGCUGGAGGGCCGUCUCAUCUACACUCUGCAUGGACACAAGGGUGCUGUAAUCACUGUGGCCUUUUCAAGGGUUGGAGAUCUCUUCGCCUCUGGCGGAGCUGAUUGUCAGGUGCUGCUGUGGAAGACAAACUUUGACAGCAAACCUUAUCAGACUGUUCUGCAACAACACAGCCUUAGAUCCACGCCUGAUCCUCCACCCCACCUGUCAGACAUCCACCCCAGGACACCCCACCUCCACCAUGCACAGCCCACGGCCAUUCAGAUAAAUCCAACUGUGACAGACACCCAGUCCACUGAUCCUCAUGUCGUAGAACUGGGCCAAGCUCUCCAUGACAUCAAGGCCAAUUUCCUGGCCCGUCAUGUCACAAGUUCAAGAGUAGAAGAGCGGACCGGAGGUGAAAGUACCAACUGGGCAGGGCCAACUUCUGGGAACCAGACCGGCUCAGAAAGUGCGGGAAAAGGAAGGAGUGAGGAAGUGGACACAGCGCAGACCCACCCACUGGAAGUCCUCUCCGGUCAUCCAUCAAGUCUGGACUUCACCCUGCAACACAUUGUUCAACAGCUGGAUGUUCUCACGCAGACUGUUUCUGUGCUGGAGGAACGUCUCACCCUAACAGAGGACAAGAUGAAGGAGUGUCUCCAGCACCAGUCUCAGAUCCUGAAGGACAUGCAGGCAUCAGGAGAGAGACACAGGAUGGAGAGCGAAGGGACGGAUGAGUCCCCUGAUAAUUUGAGGAUGACACCCUCCUUCUCUCAGGCAUAAUGGCGCAGAGUGGCUCUCUGCUUUAUCUCAGAACUGUUGAUAAUGUAUGGGCACGGGUCUCUGUGUGUGAUCUUUUUUAUACAUUUUUUUAAAUAAACACCAUGGUGGUUCUUGUCUGGGGUCAGUCGGUUAAUCAGGAUCCUGGCAGCAGUCUGUGAUUUAUUGUGCAUUUGUUUGUGUGUAUGAGUUACCAACAUGUUUCCUUUGUAUCUUUCGUCUCCUCUGAUUGAUAUCCAGCUGCACAGCCAGGUACGAAUUCCAUCUGCGACUGUGCAGACAUGCAGAAGUGUUACCUACCAUGAAACCAUGCUACCUCCCACAUCACCUCUUGGUCCAAGCAUUUACAUGUGGGUGCUUGUAAGCAGUUUGCUGCUUCAGAAAUGUUUGUUUUUUUUUAUCAUCUAUUUGCAUCUGUUAUUGUAAAAUUUUGAUUUAUAGAAAUGUCAAGCUGUACACAUAUUGCCUCAAAUAUACUUCUUUAUUUGAAUAUUAUUUAUGUGUUGAUAAAUAAAAUACUAUGUUGCACCUUU